GGGUUCGGGUGCCCUAUUUUUUGCACUUAAAUUCGCCACUGACUGAGUCUGCCUUCAAUAAUUUCAAUGGCAGGCUCAGUUUCCUUCUUCUUUUUUCUAUCUUUACUCUUUAUUUCAAGUAUCCAUGUUGAAUCCAAUGGAGAAGGGUACAUAUCAUUGGAUAUAUCAAAUAAAGGUCUUGAUUUUAUGAAGGAAUUUCUGGUAGAAAUGGCGGAAACUUCAUUAGUUCCACUUGACCUACCUAAAAUUGAGAAAUCAAAGCAUAUUCCUAUUAUUGGUACAGUUCAUAUGGUUCUUUCGAAUAUCAGUAUUGAUAAUAUUCAUGUGAUUUCUUCGACUGUGAAAGCUGGUGAUACGGGAAUUGUUAUUAGUGUGUCUGGUGCUUAUGCGAAUAUGACCAUGAAUUGGGAAUAUUCAUAUUCGAAUUGGUUGUUUCCUAUUCCUAUUACAGAUAAUGGAAAAGCUUCUAUUCAGGUUGAAGGUAUGGAUGUUGGAAUUUCUUUCAAUCUGACGAAUGUCCAAGGAUCUCUUAUGCUAUCUCCCCUGGACUGUGGAUGUUCAGUGAAAGAUAUAUUUAUAAAGUUGGAUGGUGGAGCAUCCUGGCUAUAUCAAGGGUUAAUUGACGCUUUUGAAGGUAGAUUAUCUUCUGCCGUAGAAAACGCUGUUUCAAAGAAGUUGAGAGAAGGAAUUGUGAAGCUUGAUUCUUUAUUGCAGUCCCUACCAAAGGAAAUUCCAAUAAGAAAUAUUGCUGCUUUAAAUGUCACCUUUGUUGGUGACCCACAAUUUCGAGACUCGUCUCUUGUUCUUUCAAUUAAUGGGUUAAUUUGUGCCAAGGAAGCAUACACAGCACCUCCUUACCAUCACUUAUUUGCGUCUCUAGAACACUUAUUAGCGUCAAUUCCUUUGAAGGAUCCGGCAAGCAUGGUUACUAUUUCCUUGAAUGAAAAAGUUUUAGCGUCUGCAUCAUCUGUUUACUAUGAUGCCAAUAAAAUGCACUGGAUUGUUGACAAAGUACCCGAACAGUCCUUGUUAAACACAGCUGGAUGGAGGUUCAUUGUCCCACAACUUUACAGGCGAUAUCCAAAUGCUGACAUGAAUCUGAAUGUUUCCAUUUAUUCUCCACCCCAUCUGAUAAUUAGAGAACAUCAGAUUGAUCUAACGGUUCAUGCAGAUGUCGUUAUCAAUGUUUUGAAUUCAGGUGAAGUGACACCAGUUGCAUGCUUUUCAACGGCAGUCAGUGGUUCAGCUUCUCCAUGGAUUUCCAACAAUAAUCUGGGAGGAAGUAUUGGAUUAGAUGAACUCUCUUUAUCUUUGAAAUGGAGUAAAAUUGGCAAUUUGCAUGUGAGUCUAGUCCGGGCACUGAUUUCAACUGCACUGAGGACUGUGAUCCUGCCAUACAUAAAUAUAAAACUUAGUAGAGGAUAUCUGCUGCCCACAUUUCACGGCUACAUGCUUCAAAAUGCUAAUAUCCUGUGCAGUGACUCAUGGAUUAAGAUUUCCAGUGACGUUGCGUCUGUCAAUCAAUUAUUUAUAAGUUAGUUCCUACAUCAUAUGGUUGUGAGCUAUGUUGCUUGGACCCUCUAAAAUGCUGCUACAAUCUUGUCGAACCCUCCAAAAUUGCGUAGCUUUUGGAGAUCCGAUACACACCUAGCAGUUUGUUUGAAGGGUAUGAACAACGUAAGUUGUGAGUUCCUCAUUCCCACUGCACCAGACGUUUUACUGAAAUGUAGCUUUUGGAGAAUCCGAUAGACAAAAAUGUAUACUAGGUGUAGAAUGUGUUUCUUUCUUCUUUUUUAUUCUUGUUGUAAUUGCUAUAUGCAUGUUGCUCAUAUAGCUAUUGUAAAUCCUUCUCUCUUGUUCUAUUUAUAUAAAUUCUCUUUAUACCA